AUGAAUGGUCCUCCGCUUCAAACACCUAUGCAAUCCUUUUUUUCUCAUCAACCACCUCCUGCUCCCGCUCGUCCCACCUACGCGAAUCAUCAAGGGCAUGCAAGCAUAUCUCAUUUUCCCGGUUAUCCACCUCCGAGUGCCAUUCCCAUGACUCCCUUGGGUUCUGCUUUUCCGCCGCAGAUGGGCCCGCCAUUUGGACAACCAUUUAUUCCUCGAAAUAGAAGAACUCCGAGUGUUAGCAUAGGUGGGCCGCCAAAAGCACCUCUCGGAGGACCAGGGCGUAAACACAGCCCUUUGCCUCCUCCACAUGCUGCACCCACUCCAGCCCCAAAGGGGAAGAAGGUUGUCGUAAAUAUACCGGUGGAGACAAUCCCCGGUGAUGUCGCAGAAUUGUCAACGCGUCCACCAUGGGCACGAACGCCGGUAGUUGCAACGAACGCGGAAGAGCCAGAGGUUAUUGCGCCUGAGAUAACCUCAAUUGAGCUCUAUCCACCAGAUUCAUGGCGGCAAGACAUCCCUGAUACGGUGGACGUGUUUCUUCCCGGCAAGGCUGCGUGGGACGCUAUAAAGCUGAAUGUUAUCGAACAGAAGCUUGAGAGGUUGGGUGUAGAGAGAGGUUCGGGGGGUACCCUUCCUAUCCAUGCUCCCCAUGCGCGCGCAUCAUCAAUUUCAUCUCCUGCCGACCCAUCCCUGUUGCACUUCAAGUUGAAUAAAUUGCAGCAGUCACAGACUGCAUCUUCACUGAAUUCUCUGUCACAUUCACCUCAGCCACAAUUCAAUUUAUCUCCCUCUCCACAUCAACUUCCUCCUCGAUUCCAAAAUAGGCAUGGCCAUAGUCUGUCUCUUGCACAUCCUCCGCUCCACGAAAAUUUCUACAUUCCAAGCGCAUCAUUCAAUCCUUUUGGGCCGAACGCAAUCCUCGGUUCCGAUAGCAUCGAAACAAACUUAUCUACCGAGCCAUUCCCGGUUCCUAUCGAAGGUAUUCAUGCUCCACAAGGCCGUGUUCCAGUUUCUGUCCCAUCUCUUAUUCCUCCCGGUAUCUCUCGCGGAAGCAGUCGUCCUGAUUUCAUACGCGGGUUUGGCCUUGACAUCCCGGAAGAGGAAGAGCCUCCAGAGGAAGAAAUACCCGCUGACACAGACGACAAUGCUGUAAUUGAUAUCGAAGGACUUGAUGGUCAAGAUUCAGGGAGAGAUGCGACGACAGUUGCGCUGAGCAGAUUGCAUUCAAGACACGUGUCACGAUUAUCGGCUGCGCUAUCGUUGCGGUCGGUCGGUGGUGUCACGGAAGGUGCUAUGUCUGAGGCCAAGUUGGCGCCCAUCCGGAGUCCGGCUGACAACCCAGGUAUUGAUGACCUUGACAAAGAGGCGGUCGGAGAGUGGACGGGAUCGGAGGACAUGCAUGCAGAUAAGGAGCAAUCAGACGACGAGGAGAGCAUUGGCGAGUGGUCUAAUCCCUCAGACGAAGAGCGGGCUCGUCAAAAUCGGGUGCAACGCCGUAUUUUGCGCCAAAGGAAACAUGAAGCUGAGAAACCCAGACGUCUCCCCAACUUUCCUGUUCCCCCGGGUGGCGGACUGGGCAUGUCUUUACGUGGUGACUACGAUAUUGUCUCGAAUCCAAGCGAGGAGGAUCACCGAGUAGACCUGCAUACGGCAUUCCUCGGCGUGGAUCCGGCAGAUUUCCCAGUUAGACCGUUAUCGGCAUCCACAACUGGAAGGCGACCUCUCCCCCCUGUCCCCCACUCCCGUGGACAAUCAGGACAAUACUCAGUGCAUGAUCCCGCCCUCGCUCACUCGCGCAAUAUCUCUGAGCAACUUGACGUCCACGACGAAGGACCGGCCCCCAUCCCACAGCCAUCUUCGUCUGGGGCGCUCAAUCCACACGCGAAGCCUUUCGUGUUUGGUUCAGCCAGGCAGUCUGGUUCAUGGUCCCUCGAGAUGGCACCGGUGCAAGUUCCUACUCUUAGCCAUACACGUAUUCCAUCCCUCGGAAAGCCACUCAAUGCGGCUGCACAAGAGUUCAAGCCCACAGGGUUCACAUUCCGUCCGCCACCUGGGGUGCCUCGUAUGGCUUUCCCCUCACCUGAGCCUUCGCGGCCUCUGCCGAUCCCCCCGGUACGUGCUCAACAAGGACGAGAGAAAAGGCAGCGUCGUGGAUCCCGCUCAUCGUUUGAUGAGGAUGGGGAUGGCAGUGGCAAGGAGAAUAUGGCCUCAUUUAGAUUCCCUGCACUUGGCGAGACUCCGCGCAGUCGUCGUUCUGCUCCUACAUCGCCAUGGACGUUGGGAUCCAGAGAUUUUAAUACAAGUACUGGGCCGCUGCAACCUCUCACGUUUUCUGGAUUCUCUACUCUCGCCUUGCCUGACGAGGAUGGAGUGCAGGAGAUCGAGAUACCUGGACACGCACAGACAACCGGCAACUUCGAAUCACCCCAGAACGAUGACUUUCUUGGCAUUCCAAGCACGUUCCCAUCGAUUGCGCCUACCAGGCUGAAACGCGCGCCUAUCCCUUUAGAUUUCAAGAAUCCCACCCCCAGUAAUACAUUGCCUGCUGGUGUCUUCAAAGCUCUGGUGGGUGAUGAGAAGACUCGCCGUACUGUGCGCUCUCGGCUGAGUUCCCGCGAGAUAUUCGAGCACUCGCAACGGCCAUCUCUUGACGAUCUUGCAACGCCCGCCAUCUCGAUGUUACAGCAGCGUUCGCAAUCGGGGCUUGUCACUGACCCUGGACUUCAACGACAACCCUUCGAGUCUCCUGACAUAUUUACGCCUGCUAUCAAGCGUCGCUCUUCGUUGCCUGCAUUGCAUAGUGCUCACAACUCUCACACCUCGGAGCUUUCAAAUGUUUCUAUUCCGGCCCUCAACCUCACGAAGCGUCUCGAGGCGCAAGCUUUAGAGGAUAAGAUUGAAGUAUCAUUGACCCAGAAAUUCCAAGCGCUCAGCGCUGAGCUCGCCCAGGCCAAAAUAUCGACAAGUGGACCGUCCAUCAGCCCUGCCAUAGAGGAUAUGAUCACGGAGGUUGUCGGCUUGUUCCGUACCCAGCUGCAGGAGUCUGCUGCUCGUGGUCUCGACGACAGUCAGAUGGACGCUCGUGGCGAACUCGACCUUGCGGUCAUCCGCGAUGUGGUACAACGAGGUCAAGCAGAGGGUCUGCUGUUGAUACAGACAGAGUUGCGUGAGCUUGUGAAACACCUCGAGCAAGCUGGAGCCACGGGAUCAUCAACAGAUGUUGUUGCCGCUGUGGAACUGUCGAAGAAGAACACGCAGGUCAUUCUUGACAACAUUGGACAGCUGUCGUCACAAAUCGAUAAACACUCUGGUCCUUUCGCAGACAAGCCUGAACGGCUAUCCUUGAUUAGUGAUCUCAUGGCUGCUCUGGCACCCACCUUCAAGGCCUUGCAACCUGAAGCUGUUGACUAUAAUGCCCUCACCACUCAGCUCAGUCAAGCCGUCAAGCCAAACAUCGAACAGUUAAUUGACCUCGCAGCUGACAAGCGGGAGACCGCCGGGUUGAUCGUGGACAGCAUCAUACCCCUGCUGCCCAAGGUGACGCUGGAUACGAAUGAGGUGAUCGCCAAAAUCACUGCUGAAGUUCGCCGUAUCAUUGCCCCCAUCGACGCGCAUGAAAUCAAAGAACAAGUGGCUGAUCUAGUGGUGGAGCGUCUGGACUCUCGUCUUGCUAUUCGCGACAAGGCCUUCAACGUCGAAGUUGUUUCAGGCAAAGUCACAGAGGGAGUCUCUGGCCUGCUGCACUCCAUCAAUAAUGUGGUUCCCAAACUAGAUGCGCUAAGUGAGACUCAGCAACUCAUAAUGCAAAAGAGCGACGAAAUUGCCUCAAAACACACUGAUCUCCACGCCGUUGUCGUCGGCUUCCCUGCUCAACUUGAUGAUAUCAAGUGCGCUGUACAGUUAAGUAGUCAAGAGCUGCAAGUUCAAGCAUCGUCGCAGAGCAAUGAAGAAGUCAUAUCGGCUAUUGACCGGUUGGAGGUUGCCAUCAACUCCCUAGCUAGCACUCAUCUGCCCUCUUCGACACAAAACGACAAGCUCCUCUCGAUGCACAAGUCCCUUCGCGAGGAUCUCUCUGAACGCAUGAAUGCGCUACCUGAGGCGUUACAUGUAGCUGUCAGCGUCCUUCAAACCGCUCAUGCUGAGUUCGCAGUCUCUAGAGACGCUUCAAAAAGAGACCAGGAAGAGAUUCGUAAACUCAAGGCAGCAAAUGCUGACCAUCAGGUACAGCUAGCGAAGGCCCGUGGAGCCCAUGGCCAGGUUCGUGUAGAGAGAGACAACCUCGCCGAACGCCUCAAGGAUGUUGAGUCUGAGAGAGAUAGGCUCCGUACUCAGGUUGAAGAACUCCAGGGUACUAUCAAAACCCAGAGUACAGAUAUUGCUGCCAUCGGGUCUCGGAAUUCUGAACUAGAGGGAGCACUUUCCCAAAGCCUUGCACGCCUCAAAACUUCAGAUGUUGCAACACAUGCCAAUCAGGAGCGCAUCAGCGAAUUGGAGAAGGCGAACAAGGAGGCAUUGGCUGAGCAAGCCAGCCUCAAUUCCAAGGUCGGGGAAUUGGAUGCAUCAAUGAAGUUUGUAACACAAGAGAAGGCCUUAGCUGUGCAUACUCUUCAACUCCUCCAGAAAGAGCACGAGCAUCUACUUUCACAACAGAGCCAUUGGGACGAACUCCAUCGCGCAAGUGAGCAAAUUGGCACGCUCACUACCCUUAUGAGCCAGUCUGGCAAUGAGGAACUUACGGAACUCCGACGCACGAGUCGUAUUCUCGAAAGCGAGCACGCAGCGCUUCAAAAGCGCUUCAGGGACCAAGAACACAAAAUUUCCAACGCUGAACGGACGGCAAUCGCCGCCAGACAGAACCUGACCCAAGCCCAACAGCGGUCCUCUGAGUGGGAGAAUCGCGCGAAAGAGUAUGAAAAUAACUUGGAGAUGACACGUACUAGGCUUGACGAGGUGGAGCAAGCUCAUGCUCAACUUGAUGCGGAUUAUUCCUUUGCAAAGCUUCAACUGGAAGAAAAGGAAGCAGAGGACCGCUUGGUUAAGGACCGAGAGCAAAAGUUACGCGAUCAGGUUGCAAAUUUUGAAGCUCAAGUCGCUCGACUUGAGACUGACCUUUCGAAGGCCAAGGCGACUCCAACCCCAUCCAUAAUGUCCUCGUAUAUCAAAAUUGAGCAUACAGAUUUACCCUCUCGUCCUGAUUCGCGUUCAAGUACUGUCUUUUCUGGGGACAGAUCAAGUACACCAGUCGCGCAGAUGAAUGGCUCUCACCGACCUCGUAGUGAUACUCCUCCCGAAUCAUCUCCGUCCGUUCGGGAUUCAAUGCAUGCGCCCCGUAGAUUUCCCCAACUUGGUUCUGCAGCAGUACCUGCCACUCCCAAGCCCAGGCGACCCAUCGGAUCAUAUCGACCUCAAUCUGUGGUCUCGUUCACUUCUCAAUGCUCUUCGCGGUCAGUCGCAUCCCCGACACCAAGUAUAGUUUCAAUCGUACCGGAUGACGAUGGCUGGUACUCGUAA